CCUUCUUGUGUUUGGCUUCAUAGUCCCAUCUCCAUUAUUUCUUUCAUUCUGUGCCAUGGUUGGUUCCCAGAUGAUACAAGGCAGAGUACAGCAAAGCUUCAAAAUACAGAAAGCAUUGCCGUAUCAAACCUUGAUUUUCCUGUAAAUUUAUGGACCACGACAAUAAAAAUGGUGACAAGAUGUUUUUGACCUCUUCCAUUUCGGAAAUUUCUUUGUUCAAAUCUUAAUAGCGUCUUCGCCUUCUUGCGUUUCGGCACAAUCAUUGGCUCUGAGAGAUAUCUCAAUUAUUCAUUUCCAGUACGGUCUUGUUGUUGAUAGAUUUCUGCUUACUCUGUUUUCCAAUCUUGGAGGUGUUUUGGGUUGGCACAGGCGGUUCUUCGCUGGAAAUGCUAACGUGCUGAUGAUAAUAGAUUAAUAAUGAUCAACCAAAAAAGAAGUCCAUUAUUAUAUUCUCUGUUUCCUUGCUUUAUAUUCAACUGUCUAUGAGUAAUGGCAGACAAAAAAGAAAAAGAAAGGGAUUAAGCCUAAUGCUUAACGUUCAUUGACCGGGAAAGCUAAACGACCUCUACCUCUUGUCAUAUCGCUGGUGAUUGGAUUGAUUUCUGCUGAAUAUGGAAGAUGUGAUACUAUUUCUGUAUCGGAAUCUUCGGUAACGAUUUCCUCUAAGUGUUAUCGAAUGUAGAGCCAACUAGUUGGAUCCAAAUCACUCCUGCUUUAACUUUUGGAGGGUCUUUCUUUUCGCACUAUUUUGACUCGGGAAUUUGAAGGCACAAAACAUUGCCACUGACCCGGAUUGGGGGGGUUCCUUUGGCUUUGUACCGUUAAACAGUGCUUUGUAUCUUCUUGAGUUUCAGAAAGUUUGAAAUAAAUUGCAGCAUAAGCUAGGACUGUAACGUCUUGCUUUCUGAGCCAAAAAGGUAUCUUAUUCUUCACGGAUUUGAAUCAUUCGACACUCUUUAGAGAAUUACUGAGGGAUCCCUCUUGGUGGUGAGAAUAAAAUCAAGCUUCUAAGAAAAUUGGAAGAGGGUUUGCUGGCCAUUGAGGAAUACAAGGUUUCAAAUUAGUUGAAAGGGUGUUAUCAAUGAUUGCUUCGUUAUUCCUGAACGGAAUGCUAGCGAGUUGGCAAAUAUAAAACGUGUUCUUUAGCUUCUUCGUAUUGUUUGACUUUCGAGCAUAUAGGAACAUACAUACGGGUUUGAUGGUUAGUGAGACCUGAGAUUUUCUCCCGUUGAGGUAGGCGGUUGUUUUGGAAUCAGAAAUGCCGAUGAGUCGAGAGCAAGAAAAGAGAGGGAAGCAGGAAAAAGUCUCUGAUACUGCUGAGAAGGUCCUUGUUGCUGUUAAAGCAUCAAAGGAAAUUCCAAAGACUGCUCUGGUUUGGUCUUUGACUCAUGUUGUUCAACCUGGGGAUUGCAUUACACUGCUAGUAGUUGUUCCUUCGCAAAGUUCAGGUAGAAGAUUAUGGGGUUUUCCGAGAUUUGCUGGUGACUGUGCCAGUGGCCACAAGAAGGCUGCUUCAGGAACAGCCUCAGAGCAGAAGUGUGAUAUUAUCACCGAUUCUUGCUCCCAGAUGAUCCUUCAGCUUCACGACGUCUAUGACCCGAAUAAGAUAAAUGUCAAGAUCAAAAUUGUUUCUGGAUCACCUUGUGGAUCAGUGGCUGCAGAGGCCAAGAAAGCCCAUGUCAGUUGGGUCGUAUUAGACAAACAGCUCAAAAAUGAAGAAAAGCGGUGCAUGGAAGAGCUACAAUGCAACAUUGUGGUUAUGAAGCACUCCCAAGCAAAAGUACUCCGCUUGAAUUUGGUUGGCUCGCGGAAAAAGGAUCCUGAAGAAGCAGGUCAAGUACCUUCUGGGAAAGAUGAGAUGCAUGGAAACCAAACCAAAAAGAAGAAUGACUGUUUGAAUUCCAUUAAAGGACCAGUUGUCACUCCAACUAGUAGCCCAGAGUUGGGGACACCGUUCACGGCUACUGAAGCAGGCAAUUCAUCAGUUUCGAGCUCAGAUUUAGGAACAUCACCAUAUUUCAUCCCAGAGACAAAUGGUGAGUUGAAGAAAGAAGAAACAAUCAAGGAAAAUCAAGAACUUGAUGAUAGUAAUUCAGACACCAAGGGUGAAAAUCUGUCCAUGUCCUCAGCAAGUCUGAGGUUCCAGCCAUGGAUCACAGAAUUACUUCGACAUCAACAAUCGUCUCAGCGCACAGAAGAAAGAGCAGAGAGACCUUAUGAAAAGCAUCACACAUCUACAACCAGAGCUUUGCUAGAAAAGUUCUCGAAGCUUGAUAGAGAAGCUGGAAUUGACGUCUCAACCAGAUGGACAACCGAGUUGGAUUUCAGUGGAAAUGUGAGAGAAACAAUAGCAUUAUCCAGAAAUGCUCCUCCUGGACCCCCUCCAUUAUGUUCAAUAUGUCAGCACAAGGCACCUGUUUUCGGAAAGCCUCCAAAGUGGUUCAGCUAUGCUGAGUUGGAACUUGCAACUGGAGGAUUUUCACAAGCCAAUUUCUUGGCAGAAGGAGGAUUUGGAUCUGUACAUAGAGGGAUUCUUCCGGAUGGACAAGUCGUUGCUGUCAAGCAACAUAAAUUGGCCAGUUCUCAGGGUGAUCUUGAAUUUUGCUCGGAGGUUGAAGUCCUGAGCUGUGCUCAGCAUCGAAAUGUUGUUAUGCUAAUUGGGUUCUGUAUAGAGGAUAAGAGAAGGCUACUGGUUUAUGAGUAUAUAUGCAAUGGCUCGCUAGAUUCUCAUUUAUAUGGGCGACAACAAAAACCAUUAGAGUGGUCUGCAAGACAGAAAAUUGCUGUUGGAGCUGCCCGAGGGCUGCGAUAUCUCCAUGAAGAGUGCAGAGUUGGUUGCAUUAUCCACCGUGAUAUGCGGCCGAACAACAUCCUCAUUACACAUGAUUUUGAACCACUGGUUGGUGAUUUUGGACUAGCAAGGUGGCAGCCUGACGGAGACACAGGUGUUGAAACUAGAAUAAUUGGAACAUUUGGGUAUUUGGCACCAGAAUAUGCUCAAAGUGGACAAAUUACUGAAAAAGCUGAUGUUUACUCCUUUGGAGUGGUAUUAGUUGAACUUGUUACAGGACGAAAAGCUGUGGAUCUCACGCGACCCAAGGGACAGCAGUGUCUCACUGAAUGGGCACGCCCACUAUUAGAAGAAUAUGCCAUUGAGGAACUGAUUGAUCCAAGGCUGGAAAAUUGCUAUUCAAGGCAUGAGGUCAAUUGCAUGCUGCAUGCUGCAUCAUUAUGCAUUCGCCGAGAUCCUCACUCUAGACCGCGUAUGUCACAGGUUCUCCGAAUACUGGAGGGUGACAUGGUCAUGGAAACAAAUUACAUUUCACAUUCCGGCUGUGAUGUGGGAAACCGAAGUGGUCGAAUCCGCGCAGGGCAGUACCAUUACAGUGGUCCCUUGCUAGAGGAGUCACUGGAAUCGUUCAGUGGGAAGCUGUCUCUAGAGAAAUACAGGUCCUCCUCUCAUUGGAGAAGGGACAAGGUUAGAAGGACUGCACGUGAAGAUAUGUAAAGUGGUUCCCUACUUCUCACAUUGACGGUGGUCUCUCUAUCACGAUAGGCCCUACUCUUCUGUAGUUAUCUAUCUGUUUCUAUGGAAUGCCAUCUAUUUUUGCAUCUGUAUAGUGGAGAGAAAAAAGUAGGAUAGAUAUAUCAAGUCCCCCCCCCCCCCUUGAUUUUUUCAUGAAGUUAGCUAGUGUCUAAAUGGCCUUGAUCAGAUCUGACUCUUGAAAACAUUUGUGGUCUUAAAAUGUCCAAAUAACUUCUUGUUAUGAGCUUCAA